CAAUGAUGCUUAAGUUGAUGAAUGCUCCGCAAUGUCCAAACAUCAUCGAAUUACACGACUGGAUUGAGAAUGAGAAAAACUUCAUUCUCAGUCUGGAGUACGCAGAGUCAUGCCAGACCUUGGAUCAGUACAUCAAAGAUACAUUGGACAUUGGUGAAAAGCGAGCACGCCAGUUAAUGCGUCAGUUGAUUCAAGCUGUAAAGUUCUGCACUGAGCGUGGAGUUUUCCAUGGAGAUAUCCACACGGAGAACAUCCUGGUGACUCAACCCCGAUUAGAGCUCAAAUUGAUCGACUUUGGUUGUGCUCAGCCAAUUACCCACAAGCCUUUCAAUAGCGAUCAAUAUCUAGGAGUUAUUUUCUGCACGCCACCUGAGGUUUUUAGGGAUCCCACAUUCUAUGCUGACCCGGUAAACAUCUGGACAAUUGGCAUUGUGCUGUAUGAAAUCUUGCAUGCAGAAUUGCCCUUUCGUGACGAAGAUUCAGUAAUGUUUGAAUCCGCUGAGAUACACCCCAGGUUAUCUACAGCAUGCCAGGACCUGAUUUCCCAGUGUUUCAUCCGAUGUCCACUUCAGCGGCUGCAGUUACAUCAGUUAGAAAAGCACCAGUGGUUCAAUCUAACGACCCCAAAUCUUAUGGAGCUGUUAGACGCCAGGAUGUAGAGGAACACACU